GAGAGAAAGCAGGAAGGCCACCUGGGUUCUGAACUGGCUUGCUUGCUUCACUCAUCAUCAUCAUCCUUCCCAUUUCUCUUCUAUUUCCAUGUUUUUUUUUUGCUUAAUUUGAUCCGUUUUUCUUCUGGUUUUUGCCUGUAAUCUUCUAAAAUGGGUUCUGAGGGAGAAGAAAUCUUCAACAACAAUGAUGAUGAAGCAGGAAGAAGCAACAAUUUGUACAGUGAUUGUGAGCAGCUCUGUUCAACAAAUAGUUCAGACACUUGAAAACAAACCAAGAACAAUCAUUAAAAUCAUCAUCGUCUUCAUCUUCUAAGUUUUCUGUGUGUUUAAUUUUGUGCUGAUUCGCAAUCAUGAAGAGACGAUCAGAUUCCAUGGCUGCACUCAUCUCCAUUUCCCCAACAUCAGAUCAAGAACAGAGUCCGAGAAAUAAGAACAGUAACCAUGUUUAUGAGAUGGAAUUCCAGUGUAUGCUUGAUGGGUUUGAUGAGGAAGAAUUAGGGCAUGUUUCUGAGAAGAAAAGGCGACUUGGUGUGGAGCAAGUUAAGGCGUUAGAGAAGAAUUUCGAAGUUGAAAAUAAGCUCGAACCAGAGAGGAAAUUGAAGCUUGCUCAAGAACUUGGAUUACAGCCUCGACAAGUGGCUGUUUGGUUCCAAAAUCGUCGAGCUAGAUGGAAAACUAAGCAAUUAGAAAGAGAUUAUGGUGUUCUUAAAACCAAUUACGACAAUCUUAAACUCAGUUUUGAAGCUCUCCAAAAUGAUAAUCAAGCUCUUCUCAAAGAGAUUCGGGAAUUGAAAGCAAAGAUUCAAGAAGAUAACUCAGAGAUGUUGGUGCCGGCCGAUUCUGAAAAUGCUUUGAUCGAACAAACUAAGCCGGAAAUUACCGAUGACUUCUCUGUUCCACCGGCGAGAAGCUUCAACAACAAUGGCGGAGAAGGGGAUGAGCCACCAACAAAAGAUGGGUCAUCCGACAGCGAUUCGAGCGCGAUUUUAAACGAAGAUUACAGCCCGACGGCCGGUGUUUCUUCACCGGGAGUGUUGCAGAACAACAACCAUUUCAUGACGGGAGCGAUACCUCCAUCAUCUCCGUCCAUCGCCACCGCUGGCGUGAAACUGAACCGCGCGACGACGGCGCUGAAUUACUUGCAGUUUCAAAAGGGGUAUCAACAAACCCAGAUGAUGUUUCCGAAAAUGGAGGAGCAUAAUUUCUUCGGCGGAGAGGAGGCUUGUAACUUCUUUUCCGAUGAGCAAGCUCCGACUCUGCACUGGUGGAGCUGAAUCCAUGGCGGAAUUUAAGAGAAUAAUAAUAGAAAAAAAGUAGAUUUGGGAAUUUGUGUGCGUCGCGAUGAAGGAAGAAGAUGAUCGAAUUGGAGAAAUUGAGGUGGUCCUUUUUUCCUGUUCUUCUUCCAUGGAAAAUGAGGAGAUCGUAACAGAAAUCUACGCUGUAAAAAUUAAAACCAGAAAAAGAAAAAGAGAGAAGAUCAAACAGGGUUUAGAAAAUGAUGUAAUGGAGAAAAUAAUCAUAGUGUCCGUUCUUUUGCCGUCGUCUA